AUGAAUCUUAUUAACUACUUGAACAACAAAUUUUGUUAUCAAAAAAACAUCUUCUGCUUAAAUGAAAUGUUUGUAUAUUACCAUCUAAUAAUAAAAUCAAAAGUCAAUUUAAAAAAUAAACCAAUUAUAGCAUGUUUACAACUUUCUACCCUACACAAACCACUCAUUAACAGUUUAAGAAUCAUUCUUAAACUUGUAUCAAUAAUUUAUAUUUGA